ACUACUGAUUUUCUGUAAAUUUCUGAUCCGUACUGUAGGCUUAACCAUGUCGAUCCGUAAACACCGGAAAACGGCAGUUAUUGCCACAGGUUUAAUAUAGUUGUAAUCAUGGAUUCAUACAUGUGGUAACGCCAACUAUUGAAAUGUCGUGUUUAUUAAAUAUGUCCUGGACAGUGUAUAAAAUAAUAGUGGCAGUGGAGGAGAACGUUAGUUUUUGUCUGAACGUAGCAGUUUUACAACAGUUACGAAUUAAAGACAUUUGUUGCAACCAAGGAUGAAUUUCGUCACUCAUUCGCGUAAUUUCGCCGAGACAGCAGUCAUAUCUGAAUGGCGCUGAGGAAGGCAACUGCUGAAGACUUGGAUAUGAAUCACUUGGCAAAAGCAGAACUGAGUCGCCUACAGCGACAAUACCGCAUUAUGGAAGGUGACCGGCAGUCAUACUCUCAGGAAACAAACAUUGUCUUACGGAAACAGAGGAGAAUGAUCAAAACCCUGGAGGCCGAGAGGAAAGAGCUGCUAACAAAUCUUCAUGUGGCCAAGUCUCCGUUGAAUGACGUUAAGGACAACAAGGUGACCUCAGAGCUUGCCCGACUUCUGAACCUCACUGACAGAUAUGAUGCUGCUGUCAAAUCAGAAAAGCUACAGUUAUCAGAACUGAACUUGCAGAUAAAGAAGGUGGAGAAAGAAGUUUUGGAACUGAAGAAACUUGACAUUAGUGACAAUGUGUUGUUACAAAAGUCACGUAAUACUGAGAGAAAUGUUAGCAGCUUGGAGAACCGGCUCGGAGUGGUGACUGGCAAGUUCAACAUGGUGAUUGCUGGCAAUGGAAAGAUGCGUGAUGAGAUCAAUCACUUGCUGAAGGAGAGGUCAUAUUUCAAUAAAUCGUUCCAGCAGCUGGUCAGCCGCCUCAAUUCUGGCAAGAAGGUGAUGGUGGACCUGAUUGAGCAGGCCACACUGGCAUACGACCAGAGAGAGGAAUCACAGAACAAGUUGCAAGCUCUCAAAGAACGAGCGAAGCAAGACCUGCAGCAGCAGAGCCAAGAGAUCAGGGAACUGCAGCGCCGCUUGGACCGUGAUGUCAAGCUGCAGGAGUUUCUAGGAGUUAAGGGACAGCGACGCAUCAUGGCUGACCUAGAAGCAAGAGAAGCACUCAGAUUCAAGAAGAAAAGGGAAGCCGCAGAACACAUGAUCACAACAUUUGAGAAGAUCUUGUCACAGAUCAAGGAAUUCUCUGGAGAGACUGACAUUGACCGACUAGCUGCGCAGUUUGUGAAGCAGGAGGAAGAGAACUUUGCGAUCUUCAAUUAUGUCAACGAACUUAACAAUGAGGUGGAGGCACUGCAGGACCAGGUCUGGAACCUGCACCAAAAGAUUGAGGAUCAGCGUGACCUGAGAAAUCGUCGUGUACUUCAACAGCAGGAAACACUGGCCCGCCUUGCCAGCACACUCACUGAGAAGACGAGCAGUGCUGACUGUGUGCAGAGAAAGUUGCAGGAGUGCAGUGCCAUUCUGGAGAAACUGCUGCAGGGCAUUGAGCACAUCUUUCACCUGAUGCGCUGUGACCGUGCUCCCGUACUCUUUCUGCUGGGUGACAACAAACAUGUAACGGCAUACAACGUGAUGCUGUACUUGGACAUCAUCGAGCGCAGAAUCAUUGAUCUGAUGAAUGUGAUGUGCUGUUUGGAGUAAAAUGUGCCUAAAAUGCAGAUGCACAUCAGUGAGGACUGCCCUAGCAAACCUCAGCCUCUCCCCAUCUGUGAGACUGUGCCACACACCUGUGCCCUCAUUGAGUUAGAGGGACAGCAUAGCAAAGAUUGUUUAUUGGAUUGAUUGCUUCUGUUUCUCACACACUAGAAGUAAUACAAUUGUAACAUUAAAGCCAGGAUAGCUGCAGCAUUGGCUGUGACUGCAGUUGUCAUUUCUAAGCACUUGCAGGAAUUUUUCUUUUUCCAUCACUGCUUCCAGACUGGUUCUGGGACACAACUAUUACAUGCUUACCAUGGCUUUUUUCCUUGGGAUAAAGCAGCCAAAGAAUGAAGCUGACAUCAUUCAUGGUGCAACUAGUUUGUAGAGCUGUGGUUUCGACAGUCUUAAUAGGUGUCCAAUGAUUAUUCAUUGAAAAGGAAACAUACAUUUAAAAAAAGUAUUGUGUAUCCUGAUGUGAAAAAAUUACAAGAUACCCAAAG